AUGAUAAACCCCAAUGCAUUCCCACUCCACCCCCAGUACCUCAUCCCAACUCCCCACGUGCACCGUAGCCCCAUCCAGCAUAGCACCCCAAUCCCCCUCCCUCUAGCUCCAGGGGCAGGCGCAACCGCAACCGCAACCGCAGCCCUCUCCAUCCUCCAAUCCCAGGGUCCCUCCCGUGACGUCACCUCUCCCCGUUCCCAAAAAUCAAAACCUCAAUUCCCACCCUUCAGGGCAAACGCGCGCUCUCCCAGACAGACAAGACAAACCCUGCAUGCGGACCCCUACGACUGGAACCCCUACCAAGUCAGCACGCACCUCCUCCCCCUCCUCCCCGCCUCCACCCACGUCCCCUUCACCGCCACCCUCAUCUCAAACGAUGUCGACGGCGAAACACUCCUCACAAUCGUCACCUACGACCGCCUCAGGUCCGACCUGCACCUCUCGUCCAUGGGCCACCGCGGCCGCGUCCUCCACGCCAUCGACGCCCUGCGCAAACGCAGCCCCAAUACAAACACACCCCGAGAUUCUCCCACUCAGAGCACCCUCCCCUCCACCACCACCACAACCGCAACAGCACCACCGUCGCCGCGGCCGCCGCCGAACCCCCGACGCAGCACUAACACUAACGCGCUUCCCGACGUCACCAUCGCCCACCCCCUCACCACCACCAUCCUCCCCACCCCCCUCCCAGCACUCCCAACCCCACUCCCUCCCCCUCGCCCUCCCCCCCCUCUCCCCCCACUCCCCCCACCACCCCCACCACCACCUUCAGACCCCUUCCACCUCCUCGCCACCGCAGCCGACAACCCCAUCUUCGUCGCCGACGCCGCCGCCCUCCUGGCCACCCACACCGCCGUCCGCAUCGUCCGCAACAAGGACACCGGCGCCAUCGAGACCAUCCCCAUCGGCGCCGCCCACCGCGGGAGGAGGCUGGCCAUUGAGUACCACCACAACAGCGAGGACGAGGAGCGCCCCUACAUGCUCGGCGAGGACGAGUCGGAUGCUAGCAUGGAGGCUGCCGGGGGGAGGGCCGACACGCCCGUGUCGCAGCUGUAUGAUGCCACGCCUACACCUAUGCCUACACCACCUCCUACUACCGCUACGGCUGUAGCAGUUGGGCCGGAGACGUCGAAUAAGCGGAAACGCCCCGUCGGCGACGAUGGUGACCACCACGAUGAGGAGGAGGUGCUCCCGGUAGUAGGUGAGAAGGAGGACACAAUCGCGAAGGACAGCGGACGGCAUAAGGUGGAGAAGGAGAAGGAGAGGAAGAGAGGGAAAGGGAAGGUGGGGAGAAACAGGUAUUUGCCGCCGAGAGGGACGCCCGUGGAUAAGCUGAUUUAUGGGGAUGUGGGUGUUGGCGAGGACAUGCCGGUGGAGGAGGAGGAGGAUGGGAAUUUUGUUAUUGUCCACAAACCCACCCCACACGGCCACCAACGCUACAUCGAGCGCCAAAUCCGCUACCUCCUACGCAGCGCCGAGACCUCCGAAACAACCCACAACGGCCACGUCCGCCACGGCGUCAAGCCCUACCGCCCCUCACUGGUGCUGAAGCACCACCACCAGUCUGUCACCGUCUUCACCGCGCUGCCCGACGGCUCCUGCAGCGUCACAAAGGAGAACACCGAGACUGUGAGCCUGCCGUGGGACGAGGCGCCGCAGGAGUCGCAGCCUACGUCGGAUGUGCAGAUGGUCCGCUUCGCUGCUGCGGAUAAGAAGAAGAAGGAUAAGGAUGUGUUUGCUGCUGCCGCCGCUGAAGAUGGUGCUGGAGCGGGUGCUGGAGCGGGUGACUGGGACUACCUGCUCAAAUGGCAGGGUGUCGAUAAUGACACCGAGCUACCGACGCUGGGCGACUCGGGCUCCGAGGGCGAGUACUCGCUCGAGACGUGGGAGGAGCUAACGGCCGAGAACGGCGGCGCGCCGCUGGGCCGGCCGCUGGGGCGGAGCAACCAGGUUGCGCUGAGCGCGGAGGAGAUAUUGGAGGUGCUCAACGAGGGCGAGCAGGUUGUGAUCAAUAGCUGGCGCAAGCGCGAGCUACCAAGGAGGGAGGCGAGGGCGUGGCAGAUCUACCGGUGGGCCAAGAAGAAGCGGGAGAGGACGAGGACGGCGAGGGAUGCGAGGGGGUAUGUCAAGGAGCUGACGGAGCGGCUGGAGAAGAUGAAGGCGGAGAUUGUGGGCGUGGGGUGGACGCAGAAGGCGCUUGUGAAGAAGCAGGUGAAGGUUAUGGAGCCUAGUAUCGCGGAGCGGGAGCUUAAUAGGUGGAUCGUGGGGUUGAUGGAGAGGAAGAAGACGCCGCCGAGGCCGGAGACGACGGCUACGAGAACAAAGGCCGUUGCUCGAGACGCUCGGGACGGCGAUGUCGAGAUGGCUGAUGGCGACGACGAUGCUGACGACGAAGACGGCGAAAGCCUAGGAAGCACCACUGACGCCUGCGACAGUGACGACGACGAAGGCCUCGACGGCUUUAUUGUUGAUGACACCGUGAAGGAUAUAGUCAAUGGCGUCGCGGUCGAAGUCGAGGGCGAGACUGAGGUUCUAGAACAUCUGGCGCGAAAGGCGGCCGAGGACGAGAUACUCGACUCGGAAGGAUCAGAUUCCGACUUCCCAUCCCGACCAGCCAGGCGGGCGAGACCGGUUCGGCUGUUUAGUGACGAGGAGGAAGGACAGGUGGUUGAAGAUGACGCAGACGCACACAUGGGUGGGAUGGGCGACGAGGAUAGCGUUGAAGAGGGCGAGAUACAGGAAGGCACCACGACGCUGGCCAAAGGAAAGCGCAGGGCCGUACCAGAUCCCGCCUCUGAUUCCGACUCCGCAAAGGUCAAGGCCGAACCCGUAUCCGCGCAGAAACCUCAGAGCGCUGUGCCGACCGCCCUAAAGAAGGAUAUACCGAUCAUUGACCUUACCGGCGAGGACGACGAUCCGCCACCGAAUCGAAACGCGUGGGAGGCCAGGCGCGAGAAAAGGAAGCGCUUGGCUUUGGCUCAAAAUCUUGCAGCAGACAAUGACGGCGGGAAAGCAAACAAGUCGCAGGAACUGCUCGUCAGACUGGUCCAAGAGACCGAGCAGCACGAGAGGUCGGCGAUGUGGUACCGGCUUGAGCAAUUCGCCCCUUCGGAAUCAUUCGACUCGAUCAUCAGCGUCGCCCAGCAGCUCUACCGGACAAAGUUCAAGAAUGUGCCCGGUCUAGAUGAAUAUAACGCACAGAUAUUUAGAAUGAUCUCGACCAUCUAUGUUGCCUGGGCGCUGGGAAUUACUGAUACUUCGCAGAAGCUCAAGAAGAACGAGGUGGAUCGCCUCACUGACAAGGAAAAGUUCAGCAAAUACAUGGAUCUGUUGAAGGAUACUCUGGCGCCGUACUGCCAGGAGGGAGCCUAUCAGGAGGGGGAUGUUACUGCCCUUCCGUCAUUGCCACCACCCCCGAAACCGCAAGAGAAAAGGAGGAAAUCUGGUGUUGGGCGGACAGUGGAUCUUAACGACUCGGAAGUCAAUGUCACGCCUAAUAGUAGCACCGGCCUCAGGAAGCUGAAGGAAGUCAAAGAAAACCCCGUUUCGCAAGAACAGCGUGAGCGCUUGAAAAGAGAUGAGAGGCGGAGGCAAGAUAGAGAAAAGGCAGCGAGAAAGAGAAAUACCGGAAUCCCUCGGGACCCAAAAAAGAUCCCUGUCAACUUGGGCAAGUACGCCAAAGACAAUGAAAUCUUCCUACACAGUUGCUUCGCAGAUUACUUGAAGAAACACCAAAUCGACGGGAUCUUGUUUAUGUGGCAACAAUUGAUCCAGAUGGGGCAGAAUAGAGGUGCGCUACUGGCGCAUACCAUGGGAUUGGGGAAAACGCUGCAGGUCAUUACAUUACUUCAUACAAUCGCGACAGCGGCCGCAUCAAACGAUAAGAAGACCUAUGAGCAAAUACCCGAGCAUCUAAGAAUAUCAAAGACCUUGAUCCUCAGUCCGCCGGGGCUGGUUGAUAACUGGUGUGAUGAAUUUCACCGCUGGCUGCCGCCAUCACCAGACAAUCGCGAAGGAGCAGAUUUUAGACACAUAGGGAAGAUAUGGAGGGCAGAUUCGAUAACGUCACCCGAGAGACGAAUAUCCAAUAUACGGGAAUGGUACAGGAACGGAGGGGUCCUGCUCAUAGGAUACCAGGGCUUUCGUAACUUUAUACUCAAUACACCCCCACUUCCAGAGGAGACACAUCAGCAGAUGAAAAUGAUGCUCCUUGAUGGGCCAAAUAUCAUUAUUGCCGACGAAGCCCAUCAGUUGAAGAACCAAAACACAAAGAUCUCGGAUGCUGCACGUGGAUUUAGGUCAAUGUCUAGAAUUGCGAUGACUGGUUCUCCAUUAUCCAAUAACCUGAUAGAGUAUUGGUCCAUGAUCGAAUGGAUUGAUCCCGGCUUUCUAGGCCCAAGGAGAGAGUUUGAAGGGAAAUAUGUCGCGCCGAUUGUGGCGGGUCUGUACGCAGACAGCAGUCACGAGGACAAGCGGAGGUGUUUAAAGAUGCUUAGGGUUCUCAAGAAAGACAUUGGCCCCAAAGUCCACAGAAUGGAUAUCGGCGCCAUCGAGGGGGAACUACCGGGAAAAACCGAAUUUCUAAUCAAAGUGCCGUUGACCGAUUUGCAGUGGCAGAUGUAUAUAAAUUUCGUCAAUGACCCGACGACCACGGGACAGAUGCCAGGAGAGGGAGCGGCAAAGCUUGGACGAAAAUUCUUCGACGCUGUUCACCUUCUCUCCCUGAUUUGCAACCACCCUCUCUCGUUCGUUGAGACCUUGGACACGCGAGAGGGCAAAAAUCAGGCUUUAGUGCCUUUUAAACCCCCCACACCGCCCUCAGCCUCGGAUGAUGAGACCUCGGUCAUUGACGUUGACGAUAUGGACGACGAUGUGAAUGAUCUCCUGAGUGCAAUCAAUAAGCCGUACCCAUGGGCGAGGGCACUCAUGAAUACUGUAAGAGAUCCAAUGGCGGUUGAGCACUCGCACAAGAUGUACCUGCUCAAAAUCAUCAUCGACAACGCGACCGGGGCGGGGGAUAAGGCGUUAAUAUUUACUCACAGCACUUUAACGCUUGGCUUCCUUGAGAAGGCAUUGAAAUCGUGGGGUGUCUCCUUCAUAAAGAUCGACGGGAAAACACCCAUGGGCUCGCGGCAAAAACUCACAAAGCAAUUCAACGAUAGAGCCAACAUUCAAGUCGGGCUCAUCUCCACUGAGGCUGGCGGGUUGGGCCUAAAUCUUCCAGGUGCAAAUAGGGUCAUCAUUUUUGACUUCAAGUGGUCGCCUAUGUGGGAGGAGCAGGCUAUUGGGAGAGCCUACAGAAUUGGACAAAAGCAGCAUGUGUUCGUGUAUAGGUUCCAUGCUUCUGGGACGUUCGAGGAGAUUGUGCGAAAUACGGUCCUCUUCAAGAACCAAUUACAAAUUAGGGUUGUCGACCAACAGGACCCCAUCCGCAAUGCUACUAGGUGUGCAAAGGCAUACUUUAAGGAUCCAUACGUUGUUGAGAAGGAGGAUAUCUCAGAGUUCAAAGGGAAAGACCCUCUAGUUCUAGAUAAAAUGAUUGCCCAGGUUGACUGCAUCUUAGCGAUUGAAAACACGGAGACCUUCCAGGACAUUGAGGACACGUUAACGGAAGAAGAGAUCCGCGAAACUGAGGAGCUUCUCCAGGCGGAACAGGAACAACGCAGUAAAGCUCUAGACGAUAACGCACGCAAGGCCGAUACUGAGUACCGUAGAACGGAUCUGGGGGCUGCAAUGAUCCCCCCCAACCCCUUGAACGAAACAGAUAUGCAACUACAGCGAGAGGAGGAGCUACGGCGAGAGGAGCAGCUACAGCGAGAGGAGCAGCUACAGCGGGAACAACAAGAGAAGGAGCAGUUGCAACGAGAAAGGGAGCGACAAAAACGAGAGAAGAAAGAACAGGAGGAGCAAUCGAGGAUAGCCCUGGAGAAUCAAAAACUCCUUCGUGCCAAGGCCCUUGCAACCCUUAAUCGAACCCCUCUUCCGUUUCAAGAACCAACUGCCCGACAACCUGCUACUGUCCCGAAGUCAAGAGCCCCCCCUCCCGCACCGGGUCCCAAUGAGCUUGUUGCUUCUCUCCCUCCAACUGUUGCUGGGCGUACAAAGAGCCUGAGCGUACCCACCACCCCUGCCGCCAUUCCAAAUGCCACGCAGAAAGAAAGACGUGGUUCUUCUUCGCCAUCAGUGCCUGCAAGUAAAGGCCAGGGGAGUCACAUAGAGAGUCACGCCCUCCACAACACCCACGGCCUCCUCCUCCGCACAGAAAUCCCCGGCUUCAGAGCUACCAAAGAUAUUUGGGGACAAGCCUAG